CAAUAGUCCGAGACACACGAGUUAUCGUCAGUUUUGAAUUACACGUUCGGAAAUCUGGGAAAGAGAAGCGAGGGCGAAGUAGGCAGAGUACCAUAAACUUUAUCGUGGAAAGAUGACUGGGUGUGUUUUAACUGAUUAUUAAGCUUCCUUCAUUCUAAGAAAGAAAUGUCUAGAGAAUGUUGACGAUCGUAUAAAGUUAAGGUUACGCGGGAUAAAUCGGAAUGGCCACAUUCUUGGGAUUGAGGAGAAGAUAUCGUAAACGAAGAAAGGGGAAAGAUUGGUGUACAGGGUGGUCUACAAAAAACAGAGUACUGACACUCCUGGUUUAGAAAAUAUAAAAGAGUUUGAAAGAAACAUUGAUGUACAAUAAUUCAACAAUUUCAUUGUUGCCUGUAUCCUCUACUGAUACUUUUUUUAUAGCUAUCAUUAUUUGCAACUUUUUGCCACAUAUUAGUUUAUAUUAGUUUAAGAUGUUUGUUUACAUGUAUGAUUGAAGAAAAAAUUGAAUUUUGAGAAUAAUAAAAAUACAAAUAUGAUGUAACACUAUACAAAGAAUGAAAAAUGUUAAAAAAUAAACUUAUUCUGCACUGUGAAGAUAAGAUCAAAAGACAGUAUCAUUUGACAAUUAACAGGUUAUGCAAGCUGUAUAUCGCAUAACACAUUGAAAUUUUAAAACAUUAUAAACAACCUGUACAAAUGUAUAGCUGUCAGAAAGUCUUCUUUAGAAACAAUACACCUUUUUUUCGUUCGUUGAGUGCCCAGUUUGAUAAAGUUUGUAACAGGAUCAUGUCUGUCCAAACUGAUAUUAUUGAUCAAGAUGCACAGACUCUUCUAAAUGCCAAUAAAAGACCCAUAGCUGAUUCGCAUGACGAAGUUGAAGUUGACGUCAAAGUACAGAAGACAGAAGAAAGUACAGAUGUUACACAAAGAGUUAAAAGGAAAAAUUUUGUGUUAAUGAUGGGUUAUCUUGGUAGAGAUUAUUUUGGUAUGCAAAGAAAUCCUGGUACAAAAACUAUAGAGGAAGAUUUAAUACUUGCUUUGUUUAAAUCUAAUUUGAUUACAAAGGAUCAGUUUGAUGACAUUCGAGAAGUUAGAUUUCAAAGAGCUGCACGUACAGAUAGAGGCGUGUCAGCUGUCCGGCAAAUUGUUUCUCUGAGACUACCAAAUCAUGCAAAUAAAGAUGAAAUAAAUAAAUAUCUUCCAGAAGAAAUUAGAGUAUUUGCUGUAAGGAGAGUAACAAAAGGUUUUAAUAGCAAAAAUCAGUGCGAUGCGAGAACGUAUAGAUACGUUAUGCCGACAUUUGUUUUGGCUUCUGAAAGUUCAAAUUUUUUACAAGUCAAUGAAGACGAUGUAGUAGAUCCAGAAAAACGACUGGAAGAACUUCUAAUGAUAGAUGGGAAACCAUAUAAUGAAUUUCGAUUGACUACAAAUAUGCUUAAUAAAUUAAAUGAAACUCUAAAGCUAUUAGAAGGUACACAUAAUUUCCAUAAUUUUACAUCAAAAAUAAAACCAUUGGAUCCACGCGCUCGACGUUACAUAAUAUAUUUUCGCUGCGUCGAAACAUUUGUUGCAAAUGACAUAGAAUUCGCUGUGUUGGAAGUUAAAGGACAAAGUUUCAUGUUACAUCAAAUUAGAAAAAUGGUUGCUUUGAUAGUAGGAAUUUCCAGGAAUAUUAUUACGAAUGAUAUGAUAAAAGACGUGUUUUCGCUAGAUAGAUUUGACAUUCCUAUUGCACCAAGUCUAGGAUUGAGUUUACAUCAUGUACAUUACACGUAUUAUAACGAAAGAUACGGAUCAGAUGGAAUUCAUGAAACUCUGGCUUGGGAAGAUUGCGACGAAGAAAUAGAACAAUUUUAUAAAGAUUAUAUUUUAAAAAGUAUUGUUGACAUAGAAUCUUCUGAAAAAACGUGUUUGAAUUGGCUGGCAAGUUUUCUUACACCACAGAGGUUUGCAUGUAAGGAUUCUAGUGCAUCAUGAAAAUAUGUUUUAUUCUAAAUGACAUUGUAUUUAUAUGGCAAAACUAUAUUAAAUACGUUUCUGGAUAAAUAUUGUUUAUAUUA